AUGUCAAAACGAACAAGAGAAAUUUUGAAAUUAGCUGCCAGACAAGUUCAGAUUGUUGAAAAUGUUAAUAUUGAAAUUAUUGAUUACCAACCAUCGCUUUCUGAAGACAACGAUCCACAUUUAUUAAAUCAAUUCGAUGUUAUGGAAUCAAAUAUGCUGUACACCAUGGAUAUAGACAAAAAAACUGAAGAAAUUUACACUGAAACAGAAAUUACAGGCAUGACGUACUGUGAUACAUUGGAAGUAAUAGACUUAGAAAAGGAUAACUGUAAUGAAAUAGAAGUGCCAUACGCAGAAAAAACAGACAGACAAAACAUAGAAGGCGCGAUGGACACAGAAGAUGCAGGAUGGCAUGAAGUAGACGGAGGUACAUCAUUAAAUUCAGAUAUAUCGGAUGAUAGUGACUACAUUACACCCAAGUUAGUAACAUACUCAGGGUCUGACAGCAAUUGUUCUGAUGAAAUGCCAAUAAAAAAUAAGAAACGACGUAAAAAUUUCCAGGUGGACAAGUCAACGUGGUUUUCAGAAAUGAAUAGAAAGAGGCGAGAAAGUGGAAAGCGAUACUAUGGUAGAACUAAAAUAAACGGAAAAUGGACUUAUGACAUAGAAAGAAAACCAAGAAAGCUCAAAGAAAGGUGCAAGUUUAAGUAUAAAAACGGAUCUAUGAAAUGUAGUCAAAUAACAGAAGGGCAAAGAAAAAACAUAUCAGAUUAUUUUUGGAGUUUAACUUGGGGAGAAAAAAAGGUUUUCGUGGACAGUACUGUAAAGAGUGAUUUUAUUAAAAGGCCGAGAAAAGUACCAGAUCAAUCAAGAAGAAAUCACACUUUUAAGUACUUUUCAAAAAUAGGUGACCAGGAAUUAGAGUGUGUAGAACAAUGUCCUUAA